AUGGUGUCAACUCCGACCGCGACUAUAUUCACCCUCUCCUCACUCAACUCAUCCCCGCCGGCCAUUGUGCCUGUCAAACCUCCACAACCUUCCAAUGUUCAACUUGUCUCUCCUGCCCUGAACCCGCCUUACAACUACCCACCACCCCGACUUGGAACUUCGAAUACCCUCGUGAUGCCCGCAACGACGCCUUGGAACAGACACAAUGCAAGCUCGCCUUCCCAGGACUAUUCGAGGAUGUUGCGCGCGCGAACCGACAUUGGCGUGCUCAGGGGGGGACUCAUCACCGAGGACCUCGACGCCAUUCAACUCCGAUCGGGCAUGGCUCGCGCCUUCAUCUCUCAGGGCAACCUCCAUGUCAUCGCCGCCCGAUCCAUGGGGGAUGAUCACCGAAAAAAGAUUCUGGGAGUCUUGAGUUCAAUUCACCGCGCGCUGGUCGCUGACCGGGAUCGGGCCGACCGGCGUGACAUUGAAUUCGUCUUUUCCGUCGAGGAUAAAGUGGAGGAUGUGACCAACUCCGAACACCCUGUUUGGGUCUUUGCUCGCACUCCGACCGAGGAAGGUGUUUGGUUGAUGCCCGAUUUCAGUUUCUGGGCCUGGGAUAACCCGACAAACUACAUCGGCCCUUAUGACCAGGUCGUCGAUCGUAUCCAGCGACUCGAUAUCCCCUGGAAUGAGAAGAAACCCCAACUCGUCUGGCGUGGAAAGCCUAGCUUUUCUCCGAAAUUGCGCCGGGCGUUGAUCGAGGCCGCCCGGGAUAAGCCAUGGGGUGAUGUGAAGCAGGUUCAAUGGUCCACGGGGGCCAACGUACUCAAAAUGGAGGACCACUGUCGUUAUAUGUUUAUUGCCCACGUUGAAGGUGAGUUUCUUCCGCAGACAAGCACAGGCAUAGGCCUAAAGUCGAUGUCUAUGGCAGAAGGAGGGGCGCUGACUGAAUCUGUAGGACGUUCGUAUUCCGCAUCCCUGAAAUACCGACAGGCCUGCAACUCCGUGAUUGUUGCACAUAAACUCCAAUACAUCCAGCACCACCAUUACCUCCUGGUCUCCGAAGGCCCCCAACAAAAUUAUGUCGAGGUCGAGCGCGACUUCAGCGAUUUGGCCGAGAAGAUCGAGCCACUCGUGGAAAACACCGCCGCCGCCGCACGCAUCGCCCGGAACAGCGUCAAAACAUUCCGCGAGCGAUACCUGACCCCGGCCGCUGAAGCGUGCUACUGGCGACAAUUGUUCGAUGGAUAUAGCAGUGUCUGGAAUAGCACUGUCGACCCUUGGUCCACCCGCCACGGCCGAGAGCGUGGCUUACGAUACGAGUCCUUUUUGCUCCUGGAAAGUCCGCAGCAGCUCGAUUUCCGAGCCGCAACCUUUUCAGGCUAUUUCUCAUAA